CGCGGCACAGUUCUCUGCCAAGCACACCGUCUUUGCUGGCCCGUAGUUCUGCUGCUCUAGUGCUGCUGCUGUGAUUUCCGCUGCUUGUGCACCUUCGCCAGCUUCUCGAAAGGUGCCAGCUUUUCUGCUGCUUACGCGUGGGAGCAAGGGAAUAUAAAAUUAAGGUCGCGUCGUGGUACCCAGGCCGGAACGGUACAUUUUUCAUGAGCUCGGGAAGCUGCGUAUGGCCGACAUCGCGUGUUGGCAAUUUGCAGUGUGUGGAAAGUGUCUUUUCAGCAUAAAAUCAUCGGCUUCGCGGAAGGGAGGCCAUGAUUGAAAGUCUCAUCCGCGACAGCACCUGGAGCGAUUAUUGUUACAAAGAAGAAAUGAAUGGCUCAUUCGUUGCAAUCGUUUUCGAAACCUUCUCUAUAGAUAGAUAAAUAGAUAGAAACGGGCUAGUUGAAAGCGCCGGGAAAGACCAGCUAUUUGUUUCCACAGUGUUCUCGCGUACGAAAUGAUGUGUGCGUUGCUACGGUGUUGAUAUGUGGCGUGUGGUAGCCAUUGGGAAUUGCUGAUUGUGCAUUACACCUGGAGAAGAAAGGUGAACGGCAAAGUAAGUGGGGAUAAAAAAGAGCACCUUUGGUGAAGAAAACGAAAAUAAAGAAAAAAGUAAGGCAACAAUAAGAAACCGAUCACCACCACAUAGCAAUGUCGGAUGCCACGGCGGGCGCGUGCAUAUGUGUGCGUAGUGGAUGAAGUUGAAUUGAAGUGGAAUUUACCGUAAAAUCCCUGACAGCACAUCGUCCUCAGUCGAGGCUAGAUAGAAUAGCAGUAGAGAAAAUCUGUAAGCAAAAACAUAGCGCGAUUCGAGAGAAAUAGAUGUACCAGUUUAAAAGUGCUUUGGAAGCUAGGAAAAGCCAUACCAACGUAACCUGGAGUAUUGGGUUACCACAGCAACAGUGAACUAUUCGUUUAGCAGCUGGUGGGAUGCUGUACAAUGGUUGAGCAACUACCCAAUUGUGCAAAUUAGUCUACUCAUCCAGCAGCAAAACACCAAACAACAUCUAGAACGUCGAUAAGCAGUUCGUUCCGAGGACUGGUGGCAGCUAGUUAAACACCACAUCUAUCCAUAGCACUACGGCCACAACUAGCAGAGAGGCUACAGUAGAGAGCUAGUCAGCGAUCGUCGGGAGUUGGCGAAGCUUACGAAAAGAGCGGAUGUAUCAAACGUUGCAAGCUGCCCAUCGGGAAUGAGCUGAACUGGAACAAUCUCGAUGCUGUAAUACUUCAUUGGAUGCGUUUGGAUCGGAACAACGAAAUAUCAAUUCAAAAAACCAUGCUUCCCAUAGUGAAACGGAAUAGGUGAAAACAAUACAAGCAAGCAACGUAUUGCGAGAUUCAUUUGGCGUUGAAGGGAUACAUCCGGUGAUAUGUAGAAUCCGGUACACUGCCGGUUUUGUCAUCUGCUUCCGUCUAUCGUGGCACCUUUCAACGGAGAAGGAAAUUACUCGUACCAGUCGUCGACGUCAUCCCACCAAACAAAAUCCCCCAUCAGCCACUGCAUCAGUAGAGCAGAGUUAGAAAAAAGGCGCAUCGAAAUUAUCCCCGCCAUUACGCUUAGCGUCAUAGAGUUAAUUGUCGUCGUUAGUGUUAGAUAGAAGAAAGAAAGAAACAGUAAGACAACACAAAACAGCUUCGAGCUUUUAACGGCGACGCCCCUCGCGCGACUAUGUUUGCUUGAGUAGGGGAUCACAACGUCUCUCACACUGGCAGAACGUAAACGCGACAAAAUGCGCGGCACCAGCCGGAACACGUUCAACCUGAACUUUCCCCUGCGGCGGCUGCUGCUGCAGGGCGCCCGGGCCGCCCGAGGUAGCCCACCGUUGGGCCAGCGGUUGUGCGAUGCGGAGAAGGGUGGCGGCAACGGCGGCUUGGGAAGCAGCUCCAACGGGGGUGGAAAACACGAUAAGACUGGCCCGUCCGGCAGUAAUAAGCACAAUUCCGAUGCGUCUUCCCAGCACUCUGCCAACUCGCCCGGCAAUGUGGAUCGAGGCACGUCGAACUCGAAACUUACGCCAAACAACCACAAAUCAUCGCACAGCUUGGCCAGCAAGGGCGGAAGCUCCAGUGUGGCCGGGGGUGCUGGUUCCAACGCUUCGGCGACGGCCGGCAAGUGUCCGGAAGAGUGUCCACUAUGUUACGACGUGCUGCCGUCGGGAGAUGAGUACUAUCCGUUGCUAAACUGCAGGCACUAUGCGUGCCGGGCGUGCCUGGAAAACUAUCUUAUGAUCCAGAUAUCCGAGUCCCGGACGGACAUUAGCUGCCCGCAGUGCUCAGACUCGAUGCAUCCGACCGACAUACAGGCGCUGCUAAAGGCAUUUCCGGCCGCCAUUACGAAGUACGAAGACUUCAUGGUCCGUCGGGUACUGCUGUCCGAUCCGGACUCACGGUGGUGCCCCGGCCCGGACUGUACAUAUGCGGUCAUCGCCACCGGAUGUGCCUCCUGUCCGCGUAUCUGCUGCCAGCGGCCCGGCUGUGAUGUGCAGUUCUGCUACCACUGCAAGGCGGAAUGGCAUCCCGAUCAGACGUGCGAUGCGGCCCGUGCUUCGCGCCAAAGCCCAACACGCAUCCCGUCCGGUAGUAUUAGAAAAAGUUCACAACAUAAAGACGAAAUAAAACCCUGCCCCCGGUGUCAGGUGCUGAUCGUAAAGAUGGAUGACGGUUCCUGCAACCACAUGGUAUGCGCCAUCUGUGGUUCCGAGUUUUGCUGGCUGUGUAUGAAGGAGAUCAGCGAUCUGCACUAUCUCAGCCCAUCCGGGUGUACGUUCUGGGGCAAGAAGCCCUGGUCGCGCAAGAAGAAGCUACUUUGGCAGCUCGGCACACUGGUGGGCGCUCCGCUAGGAAUCGCUCUGGUGGCAGGGAUUGCCGUUCCCGCGAUGAUUAUCGGAAUCCCCGUAUGGGUGGGACGUAAGAUACAUACGCGAUACAAGGCUGCCGGCAAACACAAACGAAACUUUGCCGUCCUGGGAGGUGUGACGGCAUCGGUUAUCGUUUCGCCCGUCCUGGCCGGUCUGGCGGUCGCCAUCGGUGUGCCAAUACUGCUGUUCUACGUGUACGGCGUCGUUCCCGUCUCCCUGUGUCGUGCGGGCUGCGGCGAAGGAACCAAAUUCGAGUACGACGAGGAGGAAGACAACGGUUCCCGGAACCAUGACGCCACCAGCGUUGACGCCGUGUCGCGCAUCGGUGCCACCAGCAUCGGCGAGGUCAGCCUUAGCGUGGCCAGUGGGAGCCACCUGGGAGUGUCCAGCCAGCACUCGACGUACGGUGUUGUGACCAACCCAUCGACGACAGCCCUCGCCGGCAGCAUUACGGGGCACCGCUUGGAGGUGCAGGCAGAUGUGAGCACUUCCGAGACAGCUUCGGCGGUAACGUGCGUGAGCGAAAAGUCCGGCAACACGCUGAACGAUACAGCUUCAACGAAGGCGCUGGCCGGUUCGAUUCUCAGCUACAAACAGCAAACGGAAUCGAGCGCGUUCAGUGAAGAUGGCACCUCGGAGCGAGUGCGCUUCGACAAUACCGUUUGCUACGUUAUCGACGGUAAAAAGGACUCCUGUGAUAUCUGGUACACUGUCCCGCUGGAUCAGGAUACGGCAGCUGAUAAGGCCAGCCUGGGCAGUGGCCGUUCAUUCCGCAGCUCCGAACGCUCGUUCCGCGAUGAUUUCGACUCAACCAGUGUGUCUUCAGCGCACAAGCGCAUCAACUUUGGCAAGCUGAUACCGAAGCUAAGCUCCGGGCAGCAUCGUAACCUGUCGGUGGAUAGUGCCACCGGCUCCUACAACAUCCCCGAGAACGUGAGCCUCGAGCAGGAACUAGAGCAGGAGGUGGAAACCGGAGAUACCCUACCGGUGCAGGCUGGGGGACAAUCGUUGGUUUCCAAUACACAGUUGCAUGCCUCUCAGGUUGCAUUGCCUUUGGCGGGUUCCUCUUCGCUACAGGCGUGCUCACAGAAUCCUUCGCCGCAGCUGGUGGCGAGGCAUGAACUCACGGACAGGUCCUCUACGGGGGCGACCAGCAGCAGCAACACUUCGUCCAAUGAAGCCAUCAAUAGGGCCAUUUUAAUCGAGAAGCCUACCCUCGCCUCGUUCGCUGCCGGUGCCGUCGGGCAGACGGAAGCGGUUCAAAAUGAAACGAAUGAAUUGAAACCACCAUCCCAGCCAUUGUCAGCACCACCGGCACCGGCUUCGGCGGCGACGUCGGUGCCUCGUGCUUCCAACACGGCUACUAACGAUUCCACUCAGGAAGCCCCGAAAUCGCGCACCCAUAUACUGCGCAAUCUAUUCUUCUCUCUUCCAAACCCGGCAAACACAACAGAGUCACAGCAGUCGACCAGCAGCAGUGCCACGGUAGAGUGCGACCAGGCGAAGGACGCUCUGCUGCUUUCCACGACCAAAACGACAGCUCUAUCCGCUGCCCUGUCCUCUCCACUGUCAUCUACAUCGUCCUCUUCCAUUCAAUCCAUCCCGGCUUCCACGGCGACAGCAUCGGCAAAGGGCCCACCAACCGCUUUACCGUGAGAGACGACUAAUUUUCGUUGGUUUCUUGCGCUGCGUGAUGCGUUGGAGAUAAGGCACGCUCUGUUCUGCCUUGUCCUUUGCCAAAUGAAGAAACGCACGAUUGAGGCGAAGCCAAUUUUUGCAUUUUGAGUGUUAAUUCAGCCCGUCGCGGGGCGCGGGCGCGACAUCGUCCUAGGCAGCUAAAUAGUAAAGGUAACACAAACACAAGAGACGAAUGUGCCCCCAUUAUAGUAACUUCUCAAUGAAAGGCGUUUCGUGUCGUUUCACUGUCCCAAAACGUUUCUCAUGUUACAACUGCCCCACGUUCCGUUUUUCGCUCUAAAACAAUGCAUCUAAAACGAUAUCACACAAGACUGUCAAGAUGGUUAGGGUGAUGAUGGAAUGGCGAAAUAAUAAGGUUUAAACAUAGCUUGUAGAGCUAUGUGCGGUGGGAUAGAUUCAUGGAAUACGACGAAACUGGAAGGGGGACAAGAAGUAAGCAAGAAUAUCACGCAUUUUUUUUGUCAAGCGGGAAUCAUUAGAUAAACAAAUACAAACACAAAACACAUCGAGGAGUGCCGGUUCUUCGUUUUUAUUUAGGAUUUUCUUGUGACUCGUGGCAAGUGAGGAGAGAGAGUGAGAGACAAUAGUUGCGACGAAAGUAUAGAGAUGGUGAUUUUGUUUAAGUCCACCGACCCCCAAACACACGAUGCACGAACGAAAAUAACUUUGUUUGAUGAGUUAUAAACGGUCAGAUCAGAGCUUAGUAAUAUUCAAGUUUCUGAUCAGUUCAUUCGGCAACAGAAAUAAUCGUUUAAGAGAAAUUUUGUUUUCACUUUUUAACCUGCGGGUUGCAUAGGUUUUCUAUUUAAAGGAUGUUCGAAGUGGACGAAAGAACGUACUAAUCUUAAAAAGAAAAAAAAACAACUCGUAAGACAUAGCAAAAGAGCCAGAGAGAAUAGGAGGCAUUCGAAAUGGAAGCGUAAAAUAUAUUCUUUAAAAUUCUCCACUCA